AAAAUGAAUUAUUUUUUAAUUAAUUUCUUUAUUUUCUCCUCAUUUUUAUUUAAAUUUCUGGACGGAGAAAAAAAUUUAAUUAAAAGGUCUUUUGAUGAUUAUGACGGCGGCGAUUCUCCUCCUUUAUUUAUUGACUGGACCCAGCCGAGAAUAAAUCCACAACCAAAUUCCUUCUACUAUAAAAACAAACCAUAUUCUGCCGUUGAAAAUGGAGAAAGAAUAUAUCCAAACAAGAAUGGCAAGGGAAGAGGAGAUUAUGGGCCGUUUGGAGUUGGUUUGGUUGGAUUGAUUAAAGGAGAAGGGAAAGAAGAAAGUGAAUCAUCUCCAUUAAGUUGGUUACGAGGGUUAUUAUUUGGGGGAUAA